GCGGAGAGAGACAGAAAACCCCAACGCAGUCACCAUCGACGAUGAGUGAAGCAGCUGCCCCGCAAGAGAAGCCGGCGGCCAUCACGCCGCUGGCCAAGUACAAGCUCGUGUUCCUGGGGGACCAAGGCGUUGGGAAGACGUCCAUGAUCACGAGGUUUAUGUACGACACGUUCGACAACGCGUACCAGGCGACGAUUGGGAUUGAUUUCCUCUCCAAGACCAUGUAUCUCGAGAAUCGCACGGUGCGGUUGCAGCUGUGGGACACGGCGGGUCAAGAAAGGUUCCGCAGUUUGAUUCCUAGCUACAUCCGCGACUCGUCGGUGGCGGUCGUCGUGUACGACAUCUCCAAUCGCGCAUCUUUCCUCAACACGUCCAAGUGGAUCGAAGACGUGCGGGCGGAACGAGGCCAAGACGUGGUGAUCAUGCUUGUGGGCAACAAAACAGACAUUGCCGACAGGCGCCAGGUGUCAAUAGACGAAGGCGCGGACAAGGCCAAGGAGGACAACGUCAUGUUCAUCGAGACCAGCGCCAAGGCCGGGCACAACAUCAAAGCGCUGUUCCGCAAGCUCGCGACGGUGUUGCCCGGCUUGGAAGACACGGCCGCCCCCGGCGAAUCCAACCGUACGACCAUUCCCAUUUCUCGUGUUUCCCAUGUUCAUCUCUCAACUCGUGUGUAGUCGUGGACAUCAAGCUCGUGGCCGCGCCGAGCCCCAAGGAUACCGCGACCGCUGAAUCCUGCGGCUGCUAAUACUAUGAAUCCAUACAACAUCCUCUAUAUUCC